AUGUGCAAGUGCAAAUUUUCGUACAAAACUAGUACCAGCAAUUUGAAAAAACACAUAAACAAAAGACAUCCCACCAUUACCCUGAAAUCAACAAUCACCGCUAGUGAGAGUGAUACACAUAUAUAUCGCAGUAAGACAGAUAAUGGAGAAUCUAUGGAGAGUGCUGUUGACAAUCACCCAUCUACUUCCAAGCAAACUCAGAUAGCAUGCCAAGCAAAUGCUCCAAUUAGAAUCACUCAAACGAAAGUUGAUAGUUUUUCAAACAUAUUGCAAACAAAAAUUAGUGCCAGACAGAAAAAUAAAAUUGACAGGAAGUUACUUUAUCUUUGCGUGAAAGAUCUUCAGCCAUUCUCUAUAGUUGCUGAUACUGGCUUCAGGGAAUUCGUUGCAGCCCUCAAUCCAUCAUAUCAAUUGCCAGAAAGGCGCAUCAUUUCAAAAACAUUAAUUCCGGCACUUUAUGAAGAAUGCUUGACCAACACAAAAAACCUGAUCUCAACUGGAAAAACAUUUUGUGUCACAACUGAUGGUUGGACUUCCACAAAUAACACCAACACUAGCUAUGUUGCUGUAACUGCACAUUUUUUAAACAAGGAGUUUAAUUUGAUAUCGGUUCUCCUUGAGUGUUCUGCAUUUGAAAAAGGUCAUACAGCUGAGAAUCUAGCUGCAUUUCUCCUAAAAGCAGCCACUAAGUGGGAUAUACAAGACAAGAUAGUUUUUGCUGUAUCGGAUAAUGCAGCAAACAUACAAAAAGCUUUACAGCUAGUGAGAUGGAAAAAUAUGGGAUGCGUUGCACACACGCUCAACCUUAUAGUCAAGGAUGGAUUAAAAAACGAAAGGAUCACAUUGAUUUUAGAAAAAGUUCGAGAAAUAGUACGCUACUUCAAGAAAAGUACAAUUUCGAACAACAAACUCCUGAGGUAUCAAGAAAACACGGGAAUCGAAACUCCUCUUAAAGUAAUUCUUGACGUGGCUACUCGUUGGAAUUCAACUUACUAUAUGUUAGAGAGGUUUAUUCGGCUAGAAGAAGCCAUUAAGAGCACUGUUGCUAUUAUUGACAAGGAACUACCUGUGAUAAAUGUAGAGGAAUGGAACAUUAUCAAAGAACUAUGUCUUGUGCUGAAACCAUUCGAAGAUGCGUCUAGAGCUCUAUCUGGAGAUACAUAUUGA